CAUGUGACCUCCCGGCGGUCACGUGGCUCCUGACGUCACCAAAGCCACCAGAAGGCUGCUCCGGUGCAGACACAGCCAGGCUUCCUGCUCCGCUCCCGGGCUCGGCGUCCCCCGCUGAUAGGUUCCACAAGAGCUGAGCAGAACAAUGGGUUGCCAGGAAGUGCACGCAGUCACCCUCCUGGCCUUCGUCUGUGGUACAGCGUCCAUCGCGGGUCUUUUUACCGCCACUUUGCUACCGCAAUGGAGGCAGAUGAAGCUGUACACUUAUAACAGGAACGAAAAAAACCUGACCGUCAGCAUCGGCAUGUGGGUAAAGUGCACCCGCCAGGAGUGGUCCAGGGAGUGCCUGAUGUACGACGGCGAGUGGUACGCCAGCGUGGACCAGCUGGACAUCCGCGUUCUCCAAUUCGCCAUCCCGUUUAGCAUCCUGACCGCCGGCUCCGCCCUCAUUCUGUGCCUGACGGGGAUAUGUAACACUACAUUCAGCUCCAACGUGCCCAACCUAAAAAUCGCCAGGUGCAUUGUCAACAGUUCCGGCUGCCAUCUUGUGGCGGGUUUGCUGUACAUCCUGGCUGGUUGCAUUAGUCUUACCCCGUCCAUAUGGUCGAUAUUUUACAACGAUGUUCUGAACAGGAAGUACGGGCCGUAUUUUACCUACGACAUUUCCGUCUUCGUGGCCAUAGGUAGCUCCGGGGGGCUGUAUUUCACAGCGCUGUUACUGUUUUUAUGGUAUUGCGCCUGCAAGUCACUACCAUCGCCAUUCUGGCAGCCGCUAUAUUCCCACGCCCCGGGCAUGCAGAGCUACAUCCCGUCUUCUUACUCCACACGGUCCCGGAUGUCCGCCAUUGAAAUAGACAUUCCUGUGGUCUCACACACCGCAUAGAUCCAUUCCAUCCUGUGAACAUUGUUUUUUUGAUGUCUUUUUUUUUUUUCCCUCUUCCCCCCCCAGAAAUCAUUGCUGUAUACUAGUAUUUUUUAAUGUUUUCUUUGGUGGUUUUAUUCUGUUGAUCAAUAUUGGCAAUUUUUUACUUUUACGGGCCUGUCUACACCGCUUAAUUUCCACUGAUGGAAUUCCACUGUGGUAUUGUACUUAAAGGGGCUGUCCAGUGAAAACUAACUUAUCCCCUAUCCACAGGAUUCCAUUCAUUUCUAUGGGAACGCCGAAGAGACCCAGUGCAGCACUCGGGCAUCUCCGGCGCUCCCGUAGAAAUAAAUGGAGUGCGUUUCGUCUACUGCACACACUCUGGGGUCCUGUACCGGGGAUCGUGGAGGUCCAAGCAGUCGGACCCCCCACUCUCCAGGAUUUUUUUUAAUCAACUGGUGCCAGAAAGUUAAACAGAUUUGUAAAUUACU